GAAUGAGAGGGGACUCACCAGGCCACAUCCUGAGCGAUGUUCGGCUGAUCCGCCCAGGGGCUUUAAUUUUAUUUCUAAUAUUUCCCUCCCUUUUUUGGUUCUUCUAUCUCUUCAUAGGGUUGGGUUGGGAUUUGGACACCUCGCCGGAAGCGGAAGCAAAGCCCCCCGUCGUUCGGUUUAGAAGAGUGGCUCCUGGAUUCUGCUCGAGGGAGCUUGAUGUCGUCGAUGCUCCGCUUUUCCCCUGUCAUUCUCGGCGCUUUGGCUCGGGUUGGGGCUGGGGUUGGGGUUGGUUUCAGCUGUUGAAACUCUCUUAGCCAUCCACCGUUCCAUUGCCCGCUCGAUCUCGUAAUCUCUAACAAGUCGUUGGUGGUCUGAGAUCAGCAAGUUCACGACGAUAAAUUUUUACUCAUCGCAUGCGAUAGAUAACCACGCCAAGAAACCCCAAGCGUGUUUAU